UGGGAGGGGUGAGCGGGAGGGGGAAAGCAGUGGGCUGGGAAUGAUCCCCGGUUUCACCUUCGGCUCCCUCCUCCGAUGCUGCGGGAGCUGAGCUGAAGCUCUCUUCCCCGAGUGUUACUUGGCAACAUCCUGAUAAAUCUCUGGCAAGAGGGGCGCUCUAUUUCCCUGCCUUUCUCCUCCCACCAGGCUGGGGGGCGAGGAGGGAGAGAGGGAAAGAGGGGGAGAGAGGCAGACUCCAGUGACAGCGAUUACAAAAGUCGGAGCUAGCUGGGGAGCCCGGAAUUCGCGGGAGAGGCUGCGCCAGAGGCUCGGGGGCGGCAUUUGGAAGCUGCGGGAGAGCAGAAGACGGACGUGGUCGGAGCCCGCUCCUAGCUCGCCCUCCCCGGCAGCCUCCGCGUCCGCAGUGCUGGGUACCAUGGGGUCCUGGCUCCCCGCGAUGCUGCUCCGCCUGAUGGUGCUCGGACACCUGAUGUCCCUGCUGGCAGGACAACAUUUUAGCAUGAAUAAGUGUACCCACGAGUGCCCCCCACUGAGAAGCACACGCCAGUUACAAAACCGCUUGUUAAAAUCCUAUACCAAGACAGCGCCGUCCUGCCGAGUACAAGCAGUCAUAUUCAUUACUAUAAAAAACAGAACCUUAUGUGCUGAUCCAAAUGAAAAAUGGGUCCGAGAAGCCAUACAGUAUCUGGACAAUGUUUCUGCUGCCGCGGCCGCCACUCAGAAACAAGCCCCAGGCAAGGAGAAUGGCGGCAUGUUUGAAAAACUCACGGGAGAGAACGGGCCUCCAACCACCCAGGUCCCUGGUGGAGGGAGCACGGGUCCGGCUACUCUCCUGGUUCCAGGAGCCACCAGUGCCCCUGUCCCGACGAGCGCCAGUCCCAGCCCAAGCCCAACUCCUGCCUUCCCAGAGGAAGAGGCGGCCUUGGAGACCUCCCCAGGGCUGCCAACCAGCCCAGCUGGUUCUUCAGAGUCAUUCCCCGGCCCUCUUCUGGUGGGGUCCACCUCAUCCAUGGUGGGGGGAAGCAGCCCAGAUCCUCUGCUGGCCUCCCAGGGGACUGAGACUUCCAGUACAGAGGCUCUGUCUGCCACAAUGACUCCACCUCCUGAGAGUUCUGAUUCGGGCUCCCUGGCUGCGGGGAGGAUGUCCGAUGAGACUCCGGCUAUGUCUCAUCCCCGGGAGGAGGGCUCAGGAAGGCUGAAGGACCCCUCUGAGCCCGGAGAGGAAAGGGAUUUUUCGACUGAAAAUCCCAUUAUUAGUGAGGAGAUGAGUACUGUUUUCACUCUCACAAACCCCUUCUCCAAGCUGGCUGUAGACAACACAGACGGCCAUUCCCCUGCCUCUCUCCCUGCCUCAGAAAGUCUGAGUUCAGGGUUGUCUGGGAGAACCAACCUACCUUCCAAAGCUGAGACGCUUCCCCACGUCACAGCUGAUCCCCAAAAGCUAAAACUGGCCAUCACGCCCAUCCCGGACUCUCCGCAGGCAGCAACCCGAAGGCAGGCUUUCGGCCUGCUGGCCUUCCUGGGCUUCCUUUUUUGCCUCGGGGUGGCCAUGUUUGCCUAUCAGAGCCUCCAGAGCUGCCCCCGUAGGAUGGCUGGAGAAGUGGUGGAGGGGCUCCGUUAUAUCCCCAGGAGCUGCGGGAGUAACUCUUAUGUCUUGGUCCCCGUGUGAACCUGAGUCCCUCCAUGAGCCUUUUCUGUCUGUGUCCAGACGCCCAUCUUUGACUGAGUCAGCCACCCCAUUGCUGCUCUGGCCCUGGCUGGGAGUGCCAAAGGCCCUGCCCCAACCCCGAGGCAAGAACCUGGGCUGCCCUAGAAACCAACAAAGGGCAUGGGGGGCACUCCCAGUCCUAGUUCCAUUAUAGGAGGCAUGUCUCUGCCCUGGAAGGUGCCCCGAAGCUGGAAAAUCCCUCCUAUGCCGCUGGCCGGCCCGUGGUUCCUCUGUUCAGAUUCUUUCCUCCAUGAUAGCUAUUUAUUGAAUGCCUCCCUCUCUCCCCACCCAGCUCCACCACACACUGGUCCAGCUCUGGGCUCUUGGGUUGGCUGAUUUGCUCUCAGAUUUUACCAUUUCUCUGUACUCCUUUGGCUAUGUGUAUCCCAUGUCACCCAUCCCACCUCCCUGGCUAGCCGAGGUGCUAUUCGACUCAGUCACCUGUACAGAAACCAAAUGCCCUAGCCCGGGUUCUCAUUUCUUUGCAUGAGGUAAAUGUGGUAUUUCCUGAGGGUGCUUCGGCCCCCUCAAAGCCAGUGGGACAUACUUGGAAAGGAAAGGAAAGAAGAUUUCUGUGGAAUCGGGAUUUUUGUUGUCUGUGAGGGGGGUGGGGGGUUAUUUGUUGAUUUUAUUUUAUUUGCUUCUCUGAAAUUAAUUUGGUCUCUGAUUUUGAAAUCCCUGCUAGCCCUAGGGGCUGGCUCUUCUCCCUACUCAAAGCAGAAUUGGUCAUGAUUCUAGUGAAAGGAGAGAGGUGAGCAGAUACUUCAGCAACUCAUGACCUUGAUUUGAGGAAUGUCCCAGUGGUCAGAGUAUGGGACACCACUUCCCUGGCCUGUUCAUCAACUUCCUGAAGUCUUCCCCCUCAACCUCACACCCCAGCAUUUGCAGUCCCCCUGCUUCCUCUGAGCCGUUUAAACCAUUGAUAUGAAGAGGGUAGAGAAAUGUAUAGGCCUGGCCUUUGCCACUUCCUCACCAGCUAGGUAUUGUGUCCUGGGAAAGCUGAGGGCAAUGACCUCUCCACCUUUCAGUGCUGCUAGACCUGGACAGGUACGCCUUUGGUGGAUACUUUCAUUAACCCAGAGAAUUAUAGGUCUGACAACACCACAUUUCAUUAGGGGUCUGCCCCAGCUCAAUAUUGAAAAACAGCUGACCAAUGACCUAAUGGAAGUGAUGAAAAAGGUGUCAAGGAUCAACAUUUUUCAUUUGUCCCUCAAGGUCAGAGUGACUCCACCCAACUCCCCUCCCUGAUCAUCAAUCAUUAUGCCCUAAAAUCUCUAAUCUCUCUCCCAAAACAAGGUUGUUGGAAGAACCAAAGCGUGUGGUUAUGUAGUUAGAUGGGCAAAGGUCUGAACUAACUGGGUUUUUUGUUCUGUUUUCUUUUUUUCCCUGAAUCUCCUUUGCCCAAGUAGAGAGAGACAGACAGAUGUAGGGGAAGCCCUAAGCAGGAAACUAACUUUCCAAGACAGUACCUAAGAGAUGCCUAAAUUUACACACACACACAAACACAUGUGUAUAUAUAUGUAAUAUAUAAUAUAUACAUUUCUUAAACUGGCCCAGUCCUGGUCAGUUUUCAUCUCCUGAAAGACAGGGAAUGGAACCAUGGCCCUCUUUCACAGUGGUCCCUAAUAUUAAUUCCAUUGAAUUUCUUUGCCUGCAGCUCUUACCCUGUGUUUGCCCUCCAAGAAGGCCCUUGGUCCUCCCUUCUUGGGCUUCAGAGGCAAAGCUCCCUUAUUUGGAAUACAAUUUAAUUCUCAGAAGAUGAAACAUGUCGGUCUUAAAUCCAAUUUGGGGGGGUCGCCAUGGUUCUACAGCCAGUGACCAACCCUAGUUGAUGCGCCUGGUUUUAGCCUCAUGAAAGAAAGUCUUC